AUGAGGCCCCCAUUCCCCCCCUUUGCUCUCACGUCCGUAGACCACUCGCUGGUUCCCAUCUUCAUCCCGCAGUUCCUCUGCUUCCGCUCGUCUGAUCCUCAGCGCAGCCUGUCGGCCCUGAAAGCCGGGAUUGAUGUCCUCCUUUCUCGGCUCCCCUUUCUGACAGGCGAGGUUGUCCCCUGGCCUGCUCCGGAUGCGAAACACGGACAGAUGAGCGUCCAGCCGAGCAGGGAAUCUGACAUUGACUCUGUAUUGAUUGUCAAAGACUUCCCAGGCGUCAUUCUUCCUGUGAAGAGCACAGAAAAGGCUGCGGAGAAGGAGGUCGCCAGUCUGAAUCAAGAGUUCAUGCCUCUGCCUCUCUUCCUCCCCCCCGACGAGCCACGCCCUGUGGUACGCUUCCAGGCAAAUCUCGUCGCAGACGGCCUCGCCCUGUGCAUGGUAUUCAACCACCAGGUCUUUGAUGGCACUGGAGCCGGCCAUCUCUACGAGGUGUUGGCCGAGUGCUGCCGAGAGGGAUGUGCUGAGAUCACCAGCGAAGGCGAACAGGCCUUGCGCCGCUGCCUGGCAGCGGCGGGCAAAGACUCACAAGUGGAUGAUGCCUGUAUGGAAGAGAUCAAAGAGUGCUAUUUGGUAGGCGAUAUGGAGCCCGAUUUGGACAUGUUUCUCGUCGAGAACCUCGAGAACCGCCCGUUUGUGUUUUCAGCCGACAAGAUGGAGCGGCUGCGGCUGGCUUGCAUGGCUAUCUUGCCCAAGAUCGACAGCAGCAUCGGAUCUCUCUCGACCAACGAUGUGCUCACUGGCGUGUUGGCAGUCGCCAUUGGAAAGGCACGCCGGGCAGCCAGUCUCAAGACUCGCGAUGUGGUGUUUGCCUUUAAUUUCCGCAACCGGCUCCUCGAUCUACCGGAGCAUUUCCUGGGCAAUGCCUUUACCUUUUUACGUAUUCCCUUGCUGGGCAUGGGUGCUGGCAUGGGAGCUGGAAUGGGAGCUGGCAGCCUUGAGAUCGAUUCACCCAAGAAUCUACCCAUUGACGGUCACCAACUGGCGGCGAUCACAGCUCUCGCCCGGCAGACACGCUCAAGUAUCCAAACCCACGACGACGCCUGGCUCCGUCGCUGUAUAGGCUUCCUGACUGCCCGUCCAGACUGGAGCAGAGCGGAUCUGCGCUACGGAGACAUCACCAUCACCUCCUGGCGGCAUCUGAAGGUAUACAGCCUCGACUUUGGAUCGGGGCUGGCUUCUAUCGACAGCUUCCACCUCAGCGCCGCCCUGGGCGAUAGCAUCUGCGCCGUGAUGCCUGCUGUGGCACGGGGGGCGGCGUGGGAUGUGCGUGUUCCUUUGCAGAAGGAGGCAAUGGCUUGUUUUGCGCAGGAGCCGUUGAUCAAGUGGUUGGUGGAAUAG